GAUUGCGGUGGUAUAUCUUCAUCUUUAUGUCUCGGUGUAGCGGAGAACUCUGCCAAAAAACCCACUGAUGUUUGCCUCGCUAUGGAUUUGGAGAAGUAGCAGAGGAGUUGCACUUUGCGAGUGUAUGACUUUAACUUUUUGUCAGAUUUUCAUUUGCCUGAACUGCCGGGACGAACGUGCGCUGCAGUUCGGUUGCAGAGUGUAUGUGUGUAUACAGCAUGUGUGUGUUUCUACGGUGAGGAUGUUGUUGUGGCUGGUUCUGUUCCUGCCUGCCCACUCCUCGGCUCAGCGAUCAGAUCCCAUGUUCUCAGCUAUAACCAAGACCGCCCUCCCUCCUGACUACGACAACAACCCCACCCAGCUCAACUACGGCGUGGCCGUCACUGACGUGGAUGGGGACGGAGACCUGGAGAUAUUUGUAGCCGGCUACAACGGACCGAACCUGGUGCUGAAGUACGACAAGCAGAAGAAGAGACUUAUCAACAUCGCCGUUGACAACCGCAGCUCCCCUUUCUACGCCCUGAGAGACCGCCAAGGCAACGCCAUCGGAGUGACAGCGUGUGACAUCGACGGAGACGGUCGGGAGGAGAUUUAUGUCCUGAACACCAACAACGCCUUCUCUGGUCGGGCGACAUACUCUGACAAGCUGUUUAAGUUCCGCAAUGGACGCUUUGAGGAUCUGCUGAACGAUGACAUUAACGAACACAGAGACGUAGCAAACCGUAUGGCUGGGCGCUCAGUGGCCUGUGUGGACAGAAAGGGUACGGGACGUUAUGCUAUUUACAUAGCUAACUACGCCAGUGGCACCGUGGGUCCUCAUUCUCUCAUAGAAAUGGAUGAAGCAGCGAGCGACCUUUCGCAGGGCGUCAUUGCCCUGUCCAAUGUGGCGGAGCAGGCCGGAGUCAACAAGUUCACAGGAGGACGAGGCGUCGUGGUGGGGCCCAUUGUCAGUCAAACGCUAUCCGAUGUGUUCUGCGACAACGAGUACGGACCCAACUUCUUGUUCAGGAACAACGGGGAUGGAACGUUCACGGAUGUGGCGCAGCAGGCUGGUGUGGAGGACCCCAUGCAGCAUGGCAGAGGCGUCGCUCUGGCGGAUUUCAACCGCGACGGCAAGACAGACAUCGUCUACGGGAACUGGAAUGGGCCUCAUCGCCUGUACAUGCAGCAGAAUAACCGUAAACAGAAGUUCAAGGACAUAGCAUCCCAGAAGUUCGCCAUGCCGUCUCCAGUUCGCACCGUCAUCGUUGCAGACUUUGACAACGACAAUGAGCUGGAGGUCUUCUUCAAUAACAUCGCCUACAGGGGCCCCUCCGCCAACAGACUCUUUAGAGUGAGCAGGAGAGAGCACGGAGACCCGCAGAUAGAAGAGCUGAAUAUUGGGGAGGCGUCAGAGCCUGAAGGAAGAGGAACAGGAGCUGUAGCCACAGACUUUGAUGGCGAUGGCCGACUCGAGCUGUUGGUGUCUCAUGGUGAAAGUGCAGCGCAGCCGGUCUCUGUCUACAAAGUCAACCAGGGCUCCGCUAACUCGUGGCUACGAGUGAUUCCCCGGACCAAGUUCGGUGCUUUCGCCAGAGGAGCUAAAGUGGUGGUGUACACGAAGAAGACCGGCCCACACACGCGGAUCAUCGAUGGUGGCUCAGGAUACCUGUGUCAGAUGGAGCCUGUCGCCCACUUUGGCCUCGGUAAGGAUGUGGCCACCAACGUCGAGGUGUACUGGCCAGAUGGUCGUUCAGUGGCCCGACCCCUGGAACCCUCAGAGAUGAACUCUGUGCUGGAAAUCCACUAUCCAAGAGACGAGGAGGAAAUCACUCCAACUGUAGAAAUAGAGUGUGGUCAUGGGUUUGCUCUGAACGAGAAUGGCCGCUGCACUGAUAAAGAUGAGUGUACCCAAUUCCCCUCUGUCUGCCCCCCUGACCGCCCCGUCUGCACCAACACCUAUGGCAGCUAUAAGUGCCGUGCCAAGAGGAGAUGCAACCAGGGCUUUGAGCCCAACGAUGAUGGGUCAGCCUGUGUGGCCCAGGUGGCGUACUUUGGGGGGACGCAGUCUUCCGGGCAACGCAAGUGGUCGGGCCUUUCCUUCUGGUUACUCUCCAUCUCUGUGCUGCCACUCCUCUCUACUCAUCUUCAGACUGGACUACUGUAGCCAUCACUGUCCUUUCCCCACCCUAACUCUCUCCACUGCUUAACGGGGACGUACAGAAACUCUCAGAGAAAACUCUUCGCUGAAACAUCUUCUCCUCUAUGAACCCCCCACACACACACACACACCUCCUCAUCACUGGUAUGUGUCACCUCUUGGCUCCCAGCCCCCUCUGGACUAUAAAGACACACACAGGGAGCAUGCUCGCUGGGAGCUACGGGGUUCAGAACUAACUGUGUCACACCCGCGGAGUCCUCACGUCAUCACCUGGCACUUAUCUUAGUGGGACCUGAACCGGGGCCAAGUCAAUAAGUGGAGCCGCGGCGUAUAAACCUCUGCACGUACGGAACUGGCUCCGCACACCACAUUCAUUAGAGGCACGCCGAGGCCCCAUCUGUAUCUCCACAAGGCCGCGAUGUUAAUCCUAACAAUGUCACUCUCAUUCUGAUUAUGGGCUCACUGGGAUGCUGAGAAACACCAGGUAUACACACUUUAGGUUGUGUGUGUUUGUGUGUAUGUGUGUGUGUGCACUACGUCCAAAGAGGCGGUCAGCUAGGGGAACAUAUGCCAGACCAUCUGUCUCCGAUGGUAGGUUAAGUUUGGUUACCUAUAAAUAAUAGAACGGCACAGUGAAGAAGAUUAACACACGUGUAAGAGUUCUAAAUACAGUAACUGGAAGGUGUACUUGAACCCAUCAUCAUUUAUUUAUCAUUUUUUAAAUCAUUCUCCGCAAACAGUUGUAAAUUUCGAAGUUGACAUUAAGUUGUUUAUGUCUAGUGAUUUUUCUUCCUCGAUGAAUCUAAUAAACAUCAGGGAACAAUUGAGGAUGUGAAGAUGAGGUCAUGUGGAUGUUUCUUGCUCAUGAAGAAGGAAGCUUCAAUAUCAUUCAAUAAAAUCUACCGAAAUUAUAUUAAAAUUUAAAAUAUACAGAUUUAAAGUUUAUGUUAUAAUUAUUUCAGGCAUUGUAGCUGCAAAAUGUACUUUACUCUAUUGUAGUAUAUUAAUCAAUUUCUAACAAUUUCUACAAAUGAUAAGGCUGGUGAUGUGCUUUAUUUUGGUUGAUGUGAACACUAGUAUGAAAUUACAAAAAUCAAUAAUGUGUUAGUUUAAUAUUUUGAAUUAAUUUCCGAAUUAAUUAAAUGUAAUUGCAUCUAGUUUUCUGAAAUAGCUUAUCACUACAGGGUCCAGCAAAGAGGCCUCAAAAGUGUAUUUGUUGGGGACUAUUUUUCGUUGUUGAUCAGGAUUUUUAAGGGAUUUGUUGACAUGGAAAAAAUGUAAUAUGAUCAGACCGAUCAUUUAAGUUGUGUAUAUCGGCUGCUGUGAUUUUCUGGAAUAAUCUAUAACAAACCACAUCCGCCUAUUUGCUGCAAUGUAAUUUGGUUUCACAUAGACUGUGGUACAGUGCAGUAAAAUAAAAGCACACGAAACCCUUAAUUUUGA